ACACACACACACACACACGCCCAGGAGGCCGGAUUUGCGGGCGACCAGUCCCCAGAGUUUCUUCGCUUUCCCUGAAGGAGGCGCCUGAGCUGAGAUCGCGCCAGGCGGCCGGGAGGGAGCUCCCCGCGGCAAGCGCUGCAUAGGGUCUGGAGGUGGAAGAAUGAUUCCUGAAGUCAGAGUCCUCUCUUCCUUGUUGGGAUUUGUCCUUCUCUGGUUCCCCUCGGACACUCAUCCCCGGACCCGCCCUGACAUGUUCUGCCUUUUCCAUGGGAAGCGUUAUGCCCUGGGAGAGAGCUGGCAUCCCUACUUGGAGCCGCAGGUGAUGUACUGUCUGCGCUGCACCUGUUCUGAGAGUGCCCACGUGAGCUGUUAUCGCCUCCACUGCCCACCAGUACACUGUCCUCAGCCUGUGACAGAACCUCAGCAAUGCUGCCCCCGAUGCGUGGAACCUCACACGCCAUCAGGGCUCCGGGCCCCCCUGAAGUCGUGCCAGUACAAUGGCACCACCUACCAGCAAGGGGACACGUUCACCACCCACGAGCUCUUUCCUUCCCGUCAGACCAACCAGUGUGUCUUCUGCAGCUGCUCAGAAGGCCAAAUCUACUGUGGCCUCAUGACUUGUCCUGAAACCAGCUGUCCCACACCUGUCCCCGUGCCCGACUCCUGCUGUUACACCUGCAAAGAUGGGUCAUAUGAGAAAUCAGCUGAAGAGGAGUCCCUGCAGUUAUACCGAGGAGUGAGGCACUCCCAGGACCCGUGUGUUAGCCAGGGUGGGAACAGGCGGGUACCAGGAACCACGGCACCCACAGGCCUCAGCUCCUCCCUGGGCUUCAUCCCCAGACACUUUGGACAGAAGGGGAGCGGCAGCACCACUGUCAAGAUAGUCCUCAAAGAGAAACAUAAGAAAGCCUGCAUGUACAAUGGGAAGACGUAUUCCCAUGGGGAGGUGUGGCACCCGGCCUUCCGUUCCUUCGGGCCCCUGCCCUGCAUCCUUUGCACCUGUCAAGAUGGCCGCCAGGACUGCCAGCGGGUGACCUGCCCCAGGGAGUAUGGCUGCCUCUACCCAGAGAAGGUAGAAGGGAAAUGCUGCAAGAUCUGUCCAGAGGACAGGACCAACCCUAGUGAUGAGGUCAGUACCACCAGAUGUCCAGCAGGGCCCAGUCAGGUCCUUGUCCACACCCUUGUCUCUCCAAGCCCUGAAAGCCUGCGUCGGAUUGCCCUGGAACAGGAAGCCUCUGACUAUGUGGAGAUUUACAUCUGGAAGCUGGUAAAAGGAAUUUUUCAUCUGAUCCAGAUCAAGAAAGUUCGGAAGCAAGAAUUCAAAGAAGAGGCACAAAACUUCAGGCUCAUCACUCGGACAAAUGAAGGUCAUUGGAAUGUCUUCCGAGCCCAGGCCGCAGAGCUGAAGGUGACAGCCAGCCCAGACAAAGAGACCAAGACCUUAUAAUAGAGCCUUAGAUAUUUGCAUAUAUGAAAUCUAUAUAAUUA